AUGUUCAGGCCAUAUGAGCGAGAAUCCAGAGAGGUGGACCGCCCACAGAGAAGCAGGAAGCCGCCAGAAUAUCUACGGGACUACGAGGUCAGUUACCCUGAGAGGUACCACGUACCCUAUGAUGACCAGACUAAGCGGCUGUCUUCUCCAGAGAUUAUCAGGUCCAUUCAUAACAUGAGAGAGGAAAAUCAGAAGCUGUCUAGAGAUGUCCAACGCCUUGUAGACAUGAUCCAAAGUGCUCCUGCAGCAUCCUCACACCCCCAGUCACUGCCUGAGCGCCAGAAGGAAACCUCUACACCAGCACCCACCAGUAAGCAGACGGCAGCAAGUGGUUUCCGGGACCCACGUCCGCCUACUCUAAGUGCCCUACCAGGGAUCAGAGAAGUUUCUCCUACUCGACCAGGCAACGGGAAUGACAUAGUGGAGAACCUCAGAAGACGCUUGCAGGAGUCGGGAUUAAAGGAUGAAGAAGAUGAACAAGAUGAUGAAAGCUACACGUUCGGUGAUAGCCCCCCUCACCGUAAAACUGAUUGGGCUGAUGUCAAGCCACGGUACAAAGAGGAGGACUACGAUCGCUAUGAUGGCCGCGCCUAUCACCGUGACGACAAGUACCGCACUUCUCCACCUCGCCCAAGUUACCCACAGUACAGUCGUGCGUACAGUUAUCCUGCUCCAUCCUACCGGCCCAGUAGUCCCAGAGCUCGUCCGGACAGCCGCUACUAUGGGUAUGAGAGGGGUUACUCACCAGGGUCCUAUCGCGGACCCAAGCCGACUAUCCCAGACUUUAAGACAGAGGAUCCACGUGAGUUUGCAAGACUGAAACUGGCCCUGGACAACCUACUCUCGUAUGAUGCUUCGGAGCACUUUAAGUUUCAAAUACUCACAGAUCAUCUCAAAUGUGAGGAGGCACUACUUAUCGCUGACUCCUACAGCAACAGUCCGUACCCAUUCACGGAUACCAUGAGAGCACUCAACGAGAUGUAUGGCCAACCUCAGCAGCUAGCUCUGAAGAGGAUUUCCAAUCUGAUGGAUGGGCCCAACAUAAGGAUUGGAGACAUUAGAGCAUUCAAGUCAUUUGCUCUUCAAGUUCGUGCACUAGUUGGGAUGCUACACCAGCUAGGAAGGGAAGGUUACGCAGAGCUGAGAUGCGGCUCACAUGUCUCUCGCCUCUUAGCUAAGUUGCCACACGACCUAAGAGCCAACUUCCACCGAUAUGUGAAUCCCAUCAACACUCCUAUUCCCACACUUCUCGACCUGGCUGACUGGCUUGAAUAUGAGGUGAGAAUUCAAGUCAGCGGUGACCAGCACAGCAGUUACUCUCCCAGAGAGAGACAAGCUCCAUCUAAGAAUCGACGUCCCGACUACAAGUCACAGAGGUCCACCACCAUUCUCCUCGGCAGUGAGUCUGUAGAGUCAAAUGAGAAAAUGGCUAGUGCUCCAGUUCCUGCCAAAGAGGGAACAAAUGAAAAGCCCAAGAAAUACUGUCCGUUCUGCGAUUCAGUGCAACACUACAUGAACCAGUGCAGCAACUUCAAACUCAUGUCAAUGGAUCAGAAGACACAGUGGAUUAAAACGCAUAACAGAUGCUGGAGAUGUGGACGUGAGCACCAGGCAGCUAAAUGCAAUCUUAAAGCUAAGUGCAAACAGUGCGAGAGGAAGCACCUGGACGUCCUCCAUGAGGUGAACACCAGCCAAAGCGCCACAGCAACUGCUAACACCAAAGCACCAGAAGCAAGCACCUGCCUUGUGAGCUCAGUGUCAGAGACCCUGUACCUUGAUCGUCCAGCCAGUAGCCGCCAAGUUUUACUCAAGUUGAGCCGAGUCAUCCUCCAUAGCGGCAAUAAGUGCAGGCUGAAGGACCGACUGAAGGGCAGAGGGCAGGAAGUGGGCCACCUGUUUCUGCACUCUCUGGUGGACAUUGUGACGGAGAGGAAGUGGUGGGCAACAUCCGACUGGCCGGACUCGUACAGCGCUGAGCCGAACCCUGUGCGCAGGACGGGCCCGCGGGGAGAAUGUGGCCAAGCCAAGAGGGCUAAUUUGGGCUUUUCACUAAUUGCCACGGUAACGAGCCUCCUGCGCCUCCGCUGGGGGUGGGUGGACGGCAUGGCAAGAGAGGACGAGGAGGAAGAGGAGGAUGGAUGGAUCAUGAGAGGAAGAAGACACAGCUCCUCUCACACGCGGCCGAGGUGUGAAAGAACGCGGCGGGCCAACUGCACGCAGCCUGGAGGAGUCCAACGGCAGGGUGCGGGGGACAGGCUGCGCUGUGAAAAAGCCCCAACACCCAAGCGAGGAAGAGGAGGAGGCACACUGGACACCGCGCCGGACAACUUCCAUGCAGUGACGGGAUAA